AAGAAUGAUAUUGCAGGUGUCGAUGAGGAGAUUUCAUCUCAAAAGUCUGGUGUCAAAACUUUAAAAAAUUUCGAUGAUAAACAAAGAACUGGAAAUAACGGUUGUGAUAAGUUUGUGAGUGAUACCAAUCUGAUGGAGUUUCAAAAUAAUGAACAGUAUGUGGAAAAUGAAGAAAUUCAACCACAAAACACAUCCAAGAUCUUAUUGCUUCUAAAAAGAAGUUUUCCACUCAUUCAGAAACUGAGGAAUCUAAGUCAAAAAAGGGAAGUUUGUCAAAAUUAAGUGGAUAUGGAUCGGAUGUUUCGUUAUCUUCUUCAUACUCAGAACUCCCUCGGCCACAGUUGGAAAGCAAUUAUGAGCACGUUUUAGCAAGUAUUGCUCAAAUGAAGAGAGAAAUCGAUGUUCUUGAACAAAAAUUAACAAUUUACAAUACGCGAGAUUUAGGUCAUCUUGUUAAUGAAAGGAAAGAAUUGUUAUGUCAGUUACAACGAUCUUCACAUAUUGAAAAAGACAUACAGAAAAAGAUGGCUUUAGAAAUCGAAAUUAAGAAAGUUUAUGAAGAGUUAAGAUUGACACAGAUGGAUCAUGAAAGAAUAAUGGAGGAAAAGUAUUUGUUGGAGAUGCGCAGAAAUUCUUUGAUUAAACUUCUCGCGGAAGCAACGAGAAAAAGUAAAUUGUUGAACGCUCAAUUAAGAAAUAUAUCUGGCAGUGUUCAGUCGCUAUCGUCAAGCUCAAGUAAAGGUUCAUUAAACUCAAGUCGAUAUGCCAUCAGCCAUGAAUCUUUAUCUUCGAGUCGAAGUUCAAUGUCCCAUAACAAACAUUGUGAACGUAAUGAAACAAAUUUUCGUGAACUGCAUCAACGUGUAAACUCUAUCUUACAGGGAAUAUCAUCAACGUCUACGCCAUUAAAAAUUCUUACAUCUCAAGGAAUAAGUUUACAAAAAUCAACAUCUAAAGAUUCACUUUCGAUAUCCUCUGUUUCUCCUCCUCAAUCUCCAUCACCAGAUAAAUCAUUCAACACUGACAAUACUCGUCGAUUUCAUUCGGACUUUGAUGAAAUAAACGAUCGUGUUUCUUUGCAUCCCGAUUCACUCUCUCUACCUUUAAAAAAUUUUCGCUUUGGUAACGAGACAAAUACAUCGUUAUCGCCCAUCACUGAAGGUAUUCCUUCUAGAUGUCAUUCAGUUAACAAAGGAGUUUCAGCUGCUGUAUCAGACGAGAGUGUUGCUGCUGAUAGUGGAGUAUUUGUUUCUUCUAUGGAAAAUUUACGUCGUCAGAACAGUAUGAGAUCCACCAGACAAAAUAGUGACGAUGACGGUGCUGAAAUACCUCAAAUUAAAAUUGGUUUAGGAUACGUUGAAGAAAAAGAACAAUUAUUGGUUUAUAUAGAUGAAGCAUAUAGCUUACAGUUACUAUGUCCAUACGAAGGUUUUGGUGCAAAGAUUUCCUUGAGUAUUUUACAGCAUUCUUCAGAUAGACUUACGUCGGAGACCACUGAUGUUUGUAAAAAUUUACAACGAGCUGUUUUCUCUGAGAGGUUUCAUUACUCAUUGCCAAUGAUAAAACUUAGAAAACAAGUUUUACAAAUCUUUGUUUUGAUGGUCGAUGAUAAAAAUGAAGAAUCUGUGAUGGGCUUUUGUCAGAUGCGUUUAGAGGAUUUUAACGUGAAGUCAUCGGUUACUUUCUUUUGGUUAACUCUUCUCACACCAAACGCUGAAAUUUGGAAACAAUCAACCAUAAUUCCCUUUGCAAUGAAUUACAACAUUUUAUCAUCUUAUCCUUUACCCUCACAGGUUGGCGAUAUUCCAAAUGCAGCUCAGUCAAGUGAUAAAACAAGCCAUAAUUUAUCCUUAAAUUCGUAUGAAUCGUGUCUUGAUGCAUUAAAACAAAGUUCGUGCAUGCGCAGUAACGAUUCACUGAGUAGUGUACAUAGUCAAGAAAGCGGCUUGGAGAAGGAUAGUCGUUCACAGACAUCAGGUUCUUUGUUAGAGAAAAUGUCUCAAGCAAUUGCAAAACGCAAGAACUCAGAUCCACACACAGAGAUUUGUCGUAUUGAGUGUGAAGAAGGACCAAUGCCUUGGAACUUGACAAUGACAGACUUUCAAAGACGUCAAAUUACGGUAAAUCGCAGUAACUCCGACUGCACAGCGAAACGUAUGACUGGUAACUGCACCAAUCAUUUUAUUCGACACUGUGUCGACAGAACAAGUAUCAGACGAAAAACGCGACCAGUAUCUUGGCAACAACCUCCAUCUUGGAUACAAAGCAGUACAAUUGGUCAGCAGUUGCCUCAACAAGGAAAUGAAAGCUUGAUGGCAAGUAAAGCACAGUCAGAUAUUGAACAUGAGCUUGAAACAUCGAAAAUAAAACAGAUGCAAUUUUGUAUGGAAAAUUCUCGCCAUCAAGAAAUAAAAAGAAUCAUGGAGAACGCUGAAAGUAGCGAAUCAUCUCAAUUGCCUCAAUUGUUUGAAAAGAAUAAAGAUUUUAGAAAGUUUUUAAAUGAAGCUGAAAAGCAAUCAUCUUUACAAUACUCUCCCUCAUCUAAUGAAUCUUUGUCACAGAGGUUUACUAAAGAAGAGAAAAUGAAAAAAUUUAAAAAUAAAAUGGACUUUAUUACAAGUUUACGCCUUCGUGUUCCACAAAUGUCAUCAGAUAUGGAAAAACCAUGUUUAGUUUAGAAUAUGACAUGGGUUGUUUUAAGUAAAAUUUAUAGAAAGACAAUGUAUGUAUUACAGAUGUAUUGAUAACAAAUUGGACUUAAUUAUAUAAAUAUAGAAAGACAUUUUAUACGACACUAAACAUUCACAACAAACGUAUGAUAAAGACUAAUUAUCAUGAAACAUUGACAAAAGGGCUAGCAUUGUCUAAAAUAAUAUUUAUUCCUUUAUAUUUGUUGAAUCAAUUCACCAUAUUGUUUGAUAUUAGCGACAUUUUACUAUUGUAAAUAAAAUAUUUUGAUGCAGUUGUAUGUAUCAAUAAACCAAUGGACUCUAAAUAAUUUACAGUUAUAUCGGAGUCAUCAAUAUGAAA